GUCGUCGCGCUCUUCGACUGCGCGGCCGACGAGGACGGCGAGCUCGCGCUGGCCAAGGGCGACGUCGUGACGGUCACGGACGCGUCCGACGCGGGCUGGUGGAAGGGCACCACGGACGACGGCGCCUCCGGCGUCUUCCCCUCGAACUACGUCGCGCCC